GUACCUCUGAACCAAACCAUAGUGACAACAUUCAUUAUUCUGGGAUUUCCUAAUACGAGGAAAGUAGAAAUGUCACUAUUUUUCCUCUUCCUCUCUAUGUAUCUUCUUACCAUGACCGGCAACAUAAUCAUCAUCAUUGCAGUCAAGACAGACAGCCACCUUCAGACCCCUAUGUACUUCUUUUUAGGAAAUCUGUCUAUCUUGGAUAUAGGCUAUACAUCCUCAACAGUACCCAAACUGCUGUCCAUCUUGUUGAUGGAGGUGCACACAAUUUCCUUUGUUGGCUGCUUUCUACAGUCAUACUUCUUCUUCUUCCUUGGGACAGCUGAGUGUUUCCUCCUUGCAUCAAUGGCCUAUGAUCGAUACGUGGCCAUCUGCUACCCUCUCAGAUAUCCAACUAUCAUGAAUAAAAGAGUCUGUGUACUUAUUGUGAUUGGCUGCUGGACAGGUGGCUGCCUGGCCCCUUUGGUAGCUGCCAUCAUUGUGGUGAACCUUCCUUUUUGUGGGCCAAAUGUAAUAAACCAUUUCUUUUGUGAUAUUCCACCUUUAUUGAAACUGGCCUGCAUAGACACAACACUUGCACAGAAGGUUGUGUUCCUGCUUUCUGCUAUGGUGAUUCUGAGCACCUUCCUAUCCACUGUUGUCUCCUAUAUCUACAUUACUAUAACCAUAUUGAAAAUACCUUCCUCACAUGGGCGCCACAAGGCUUUCUCCACUUGUGCCUCUCAUCUCACUGUUGUCUCUCUUUAUUAUGGGACAGUGAUAUUCAUGUAUGUAAGUCCAACCACCCGUUCAUCUUUUGACCUGAACAAAAUUAUUGCUGUGGUGUACAGUGUGGUUACCCCAAUGCUCAACCCAAUGAUCUACACCCUGAGGAAUCAAGAUAUGAAAACUGCUGUGAAAAAGAUAAUCCUCAAAAUGCUGAUUAGUAGGAAAGAGUUUGAAAUAUCCAAGGAAUUCCAUUUGUGA